GCCGGCAGCAGCAGUUGGUCCUCAUCACUCCUCGCCUCUAUAUCCUCCUGCUCACUUGACUGUACGGUUUUGUCAAGAAGGGAAACGUUGGGAAAUUCACAUUCUGUCAACCUGGAUUCGCUCAUUUUCACCAAUGGAUGGAGUGUAUACCCCGGCACGCACGGUGACAUCUUGAAAACUCCCCGUACCAUGCUGGGUCCUCCUCUGGGAGAUUGCAGGGGGAUGGAGCAGCGCGGGGGAACCGAAAGCCCCGGCCUUCAGGACAGGUCCAGCCCAGAGGACAGAGGGGAGAGUGGGGAAAGUCCAGUUUCUGCCGGCCCCCCACACUGCAAGAUGAGCCGUUUAGAGGUGAACGGAAGCCCAGGAAAUCCACAAACCCGACAGAAUGGUACACCGCUGAGGCCACUCGGAGGUUUGAUGAUCCCGGUCUACUGUGUGGUGGAGCAUGCAGAAACAGCUGGCGACUGUGAGGGCCGGGGUGAUCGUCACGCUGAGUUUGUGCUGGUCCGUAAGGAUGUCCUCUUCACCCAGCUGGUAGAGACGGUGCUGGUUGCUCUGGGAUACUCUCAGAGCUCAGCUGUGCAGGCACGUGGGAUCAUUAAAGUGGGACGAUGGAAGCCUAUGCCCAUCCACUACCUGACAGAUGCCCCAGAGGCCACAGUGGCCGACAUGCUGCUGGAUGUUUACCACAUGGUCACCCUGCGCAUCCUUCUGCACAGCUUUGCCCGUCUGGAGGAGCUGCCCUCUGAGCAAUGGACCCAUGCCACAGUGAGAAAUGCCCUCAAAGAGCUCCUCAAAGAGACCAACCAGAGUGCUCUGGCAAAGGAAUGUCCCCUCUCCCAGAGCAUGAUUUCUGCAAUUGUGAACAGUUCCUACUACGCCAACGUCUCCACCUCUAAAUGCCAGGAGUUUGGACGCUGGUACAAGAGGUACAAACGUAACAAAGGUGACUACAUUGAGAGGAUGUGGUCAUCGCAGGACAAGUCGGACAUAAAAGUGGAGAGGGAUUUGGACCUGAGUAUCCUCAACCACCGCCCCCCUUCACACUUGUCCAGCCCCAACCAUUUGGGCAGCCUUGGGGGUCCUGGAACUCUUCCCAUCAAGAGCAGCAUUGGUGACGGUCAGACCGCCGCCCAGCAUCACGGUCUGCCUCAUCCAGCCAGCCAGAACCACCCGAGUCCUCCUCUGCACCCACAGGCUACACAUCUCUUGGGCCACAGUGGACUCUUGUCUCACCAGCUCUCCCCCCAGCUUGUCCGUCAGCAGCUGGCCAUGGCCCACCUCAUCAACCAGCAGCUGGCCGUCAGCCGCCUGCUCACCCACCAGCACCCACAGGGGGUAAACCAGCAGUUCCUAAACCACCCUCCUAUCUCACGGACCUGUAAAGCUCCUGGAGCUGGUCCUGAGCCCAGCCUGAACUGCUCAGGUGCAGAAGUCUCCUCUGACAUCUACCAGCAAGUCCGCAACGAACUGAAAAGAGCAAGUGUUUCGCAAGCUGUGUUCGCCCGCGUCGCCUUUAACCGCACACAGGGUUUGCUGUCAGAGAUCCUUCGUAAGGAGGAGGAUCCUCGCUCGGCCUCUCAGUCGCUGCUGGUCAACCUGAAGGCCAUGCAAAACUUCCUGAACCUGCCGGAAGCCGAGCGAGACCGCAUCUACCAGGAGGAGAGGGAGCGGAGUACGACCACCAACCACAACCACUCCACCACGCACAUCUCCAGCGCCAACACGCACAGACACACACAGUGCGUGUCUUACCCUGUGCAGACGAAGUGCAGCGCGCCGGGUCCAGAGCUGCACCAGAAGCUCGAUUCGUUGGCAAACAUCACAUCAGGGAUCUACGAGGAGAUCCAACAAGAGAUGAAGAGGGCCAAGGUCUCUCAGGCUCUGUUUGCCAAGGUGGCUGCUAAUAAGAGUCAGGGUUGGUUAUGUGAGCUGCUCAGGUGGAAAGAGAGCCCGAGCCCUGAGAACCGGACCUUGUGGGAGAACUUGUGCACCAUCAGAAGAUUCCUGGCUUUACCACAGGCUGACCGGGACCAGGUCUAUGAGGAAGAGUCGAGGCAACAGCACAGUGACAGGAUCAACACUGUCCUGCACAUCCCAGACCACCAGACCCUUCUCAGACAGCCUCUGCCCCCUCUUACUGCCCCAUCCCCAAUUCACGAAGACCCACAGCCGGUCCCACUGCUGCCCGUGCUCCGCAGCUCAGAGGACAGCCCCCAGCGUGGGCUGAGUCCUGCUCUUGGAGCUGGAGGAACAAAGAAGGCUCGAUCCCGGACAAGGAUUUCCCUGGAGGCCUUGGGAAUCCUGCAGAGUUUCAUAGGGGAUGUGGGACUCUACCCCGACCAGGAGGCCAUCCACACACUGUCGGCUCAGCUGGACCUGCCAAAACACACAAUUGUGAAGUUCUUUCAGAAUCAACGCUACAAUGUUAAGCACCACAGCCAAACCAGAGAGCCCAUGCAAGAGGAUGAGGAUGGAGAGAGCUCGAGUCCCAGUGAUGGAGGUGUCUGCAUCAUUGAGAGCAGAGGAGAGGAGGGCCUCUCUGUAUCUGAGGAGUCAAGUGAGGAUGGCAGAGGUUCAGUGGAGGCUUUCCGAACAGAAGGAGACACAGGAGGAGAUGUAGAGGUGGAAAUGGAGGCCGAAAAGGAAGAAGAGGAGGAUGGGAAAACCUCAGGACCCGCAACUUCCUCGCUGUCUCCCUACAGCAGUCUGGACAGCCCCCGCUCUACAGAACAGCAGAGAUAACAGCAGAGACAUGAGUGGAAACAUCCCAUCUAAGCAGAGGACAUCGACAAACUGUGAGGACCACACACAGAACCUGUGAAGAAACACAGACAUAUUCAUCCCCAUUAUUGUCACAGUCACCUUUUCCAGAGCUGACAAUCAGAGCUCGUUAAUAUCUGAAGAACUGAGGAAAUCUAUUUAUGUGUGGACUGACUGAAAAGUAAUCAGAAGGUAUUGUGACUACCUUUAGAUGUUUCCAUUUUGGUUGAUUUAUUGCUGCCUGAAAAGUUAUGGGACGUUACUAAAUGCCAGUUAAAAGAAAGAGGAGCAUUUAAAGGAAAACAUUUCCCUCAGAACUUGGUGGGUGGGAAAGAAUGGCAACUGCAUUAGAUCAUGACCAGACGCUCGUUUUGAAAUGAAUUAUUCCUUUGGUUCUUUUAUAUUUGAAGAAGAGCAGCUAAAUCUGUUUAAACACUCAUCUCUAUUCCUAAAGAAUACUGACUCUUCCAGUUCCUAAAGCACAACCCAACUUUCAUUCAAAUAUGAUUCUAAUCAUUUCAAAAAAGAAAAAAAACAUUGACUCAACAGUAUUGGACUCAGUGUCACCAUGAAAUGGUUCAUAUCUAUAACUGUGCAUAUGUUUCCAUGCUGACCUCCACCCAAACAGGGUACCUGUCAUCAAUAAUUAUGAAUUAGUACAAACAAGAUAAGCAGGGAGGGAUUAGGGGAUAAGUGGUAACGAUAAUGGAUGGAUGGAAGAUAAGGAGGGAUGAAAAACUGCAGACAAUGAGGCUUUUCCAUCACGUCGGAGGUUGAAACCUUCUGUCAUGCUCAGGUGAGAUGAGUCAUAGAGGAAUGGGGACGAACAGCUGACACUGGGCUGUAACAGGGAUGCGUUGUUUAAAAUAUGGGCAUGCAGGGAAAUGACACAAGAACCUCUGUUCAAGCUGACGGCAACUUAUUUUUGUCAUUUUUUUAAUUUUAUUUAUAUGUUUUAAUGUCAUUGUCCUCUCCCCAGUGCUUUGGGACGUCCCUACAUUGACUGAAAUGUAUGUGAGACUGUCACAUAAGGCUCUUAUUGAUAAUAAACAGUACAGCACUUCAACCAUUUAUAUUCAUUGCUAUCUUUAAAAAAAAAAAUUAAAGUAUUGUCCUGUGUGAACUGUACUGUGACAAAGGCUGUGGUAAGUGGAGAAACGCCAACCCUGCUCCUAUUGGAGGUAAUCAACUCACUGAUAUUUCAGUAUUUUCUUUGUUCCUGAUUCCAAAUGAAAAAUUAUUUAGAUCAUUAAAUGAACCAUUCUAAUGGUAAAUGCAAAGGUAAGAAUUGUCACAAAAAGAAGUGACUAGUUAUAUUUUUCCUACUCUUCAGAUACCUGCUGUUCUUUGUAAAAUAAA